AUGUCUUCGAGAAUCCUCGCCGCCAGCGCCCGCGCUGUGCCCCGUGCCGUCCCCGCCGUGCGCACCGCCCGCACCUUCCAGACAUCCGCCACCCUCCGCGACGCCGUCGCAACACCUCUGCCAGCACGGAAACCCGUGGGCGCCUUUCGAGGCGGGUACGUUCUCUCCACCAGCCUCGUCCCCCAUGUCCCUCCGCGUCCGCCCCCCUUUUGGCAUGAACGCAAGCUGACCGUUGUGCUCUCCCUCGCGCGCAGCCUCCUCGGCUUCUUCGCCGGUAGCUCCCUCGCCGGCGCCGGCGUCUACUCCUACCUCGUCAAGGAGUACAAGCUCUCGAACGAGCUCCUCACCGAGGACAUUUACGCUCUGCAAGCGGCUGUCCAGCGUGUGACCGUCUACGUCCAGACGCUGGAGGAGAAGAUGGACGCGCUCGAGCGCAAGAGGAAAUAA